AUGGUCAACUAUUUUGAUGGAAAAAGAAUUUUAGUGACGGGGGGAUGUUCAGGUAUUGGAAGAGAGACAGUUUUAGAGCUAUGGCGUCUCGGUGGCAAUGUCGUUGCAUUAUCACAAAAUCAUGAUAACCUUGAGCUAUUGAGCCAACAAUAUCCCUCGAUAACAACAGCAUGUGUUGAUCUCAGCGACUGGGAAAAAACAAAACAAGCUGUGGAUUCCCUUGGAAUUUUUCACGGAUUAGUAAACUGUGCCGGUUUUAUAAAAACGCAGUCCUUUUUGGAAUGUAGCUCUGAGAAUUUUGAUUGUACCAUGAACGUGAAUGUUAAAGCCAUUCUCAACGUGAGUCAAACCGUAGCAAAGAAAAUGAUAGAGAAUGGGAUCAAAGGAUCUAUAGUUAAUAUUUCAUCACAAGCGUCUAAGGCGGCAUUGAAAGACCACGUCGCUUACGCAGCAUCUAAAGGGGCGGUUGAUUCAAUGACCCAAGUAAUGGCACUCGAACUUGGACCACACGGUAUAAGGGUCAAUGCUAUCAAUCCGACUGUCGUUAUGACUGAAUUAGGUCGAAGAGCGUGGGCAGAUCCUGAAAAGGCUCAAACAAUGCUGUCCAAAAUACCGCUAGGAAGGUUUGCAGAAAUAAACGAAGUAGUUAACGCCAUAACAUUUCUGCUAAGUGAUAAAUCAAGUAUGAUCAACGGUGUACAGCUCCCGGUGGACGGCGGCUUCCUUGCUACAUAA